AUGCAGUCCUGUGAAUGGAGCAGCAAAAAGACUCGUGUCUGGAAGUGCGUCGUCUGGGUGCCUGAAGAACAGCUAAACCUGGUGGCGACUCACGCUGAGCUGCGCUCCGCUUCAAGCCGCGGGAGCCCGUCAAUGUCUAAGCUCGACGGUCUGCGCAGAUCUCGCGUUCGCGGGCCUCUGUGUCUCUGUGUGCUCGUGCGGUCUCUGAACAGCAAGCGAACUUAUGCACAUCACGACAAACAAGCCUGCGGUCUAAGAGGCUGUCCUUCGCAGUCUGCCUGUGCAGCCCCGCAAAAGCAGCAUCAGCCUGUUCCAGAUCGGCGCCUAGCCUGUGUGUUUGCCGCCCGCCUUCCUCCUUCCUCUUCGUCUUUAUCUUCCUCUGCGCCUGAGUUUUCCGCGCGCUCUGCGCGCCCCUCUCGAGUUUCGCUGCCCGGCUGCGGCGGCGACUUCUCUUUGCGCGGCGGCCUUCAACUGUCUACUCUCUCGCUGAGUCUUCCACUGCUGCACCUCGUGCUGCCUCGAGUGUCUGUCUCUGUGCCCCCCUCCUCUAUUCUGCUUCAACUGCGCAGACGCUUCGUCUUUCCCUCUCUUCUCGCGCCCUGUACGCACGGCGCAGAUACUGCCGCCCCCCCGCACCGUGGCGUGUCUCUUUUGCGCGGCUCCAGUCUCGUGUGCAGAUUUCUGGGGCGAGUCUUCGACUCGAUCCCUCGGCCGCGACUCAAACCGCCACUCCGCCGCCGAAAGAUCGAUUUUCUUUUUCCCGGAGAAGGACAGAAAAGCGCCGUUCCUCGUGGAAUCGCGGCACCCGACGAGGGAGGGCAGCGACGCAACCUGUUCGCUGGAGACGCAGAAGCGAAAGGAGGAGACUCAGAGGGAAGAAGUGACGAGGAUGUACUGCGGGGGAGGAGCGCGGAGAGGCGAGCUGACAAGGCCCCGGGGCAGACAGGGUCAUGGCAAGACAGCGAGAGAGACAGACAUCCGCGGCGGGCGGGCGUCGAGGACUCUGAGCCUUCGGGAGUAGCAGAGGACGCACAGGAAGAUGCAGGAGCUGCUUCGCGCCCCCGCUGCAAGCGUCCCUGUCCAUCAGGAGCUCCAGCGGGGGAUCGGCAGGGUGAGCCACACGCCUCUUUCGAUUCGGGGGACGGAGGGCGAGCGCCUUGCCUGGGGCUGAGUUCCUCGUUUUUUUUCGCGAUUCUCCAGAGACAUGCGUAUGCCCUAGGAAAUUGGAUUGCCCCCGCAGUCGGCGUGGAUGUGCACCCAGCUAGCAAAAGGGUAAACCUUGUCGCCGAGGCCAUACCUUCGCGUUUUGCUGUGUCGCCCUUCUUCGCCUUGCCUCCGGCGCCUUUUCUGCCUCCCGUUCUUUCACUGGUCCUCCUCCCCAGUGGGCUUCUGCUUCUCUCUGCUGGGCUUGACCUCGCGAAGUCCAUCUGCCACGUUCCUUCUCUUUUGCUUUCCCCAUGGCAAACGAGCGCUGCGCGUCUCUUACCUGCGCGCCGCCCGCCUCCUCCUCCGCUCGCCUCCGCAGUGCCCUCCUCACGCAGUCGUCUUUCUCGCAGCGUCGCGCUUCCUGCUUGCCUCCUUCCACGGUGCGAAGGAAGCGGACUCUUCGGCUCGCGGCGCCUGUGGUUCAGCUCGUUUUUCAGUUUGACAGACCAACGUCUCGCGCGGCUUUCUCGCUUUCUGCAAGUCCAGCUGAAGGCCAGUGUGGACCUUCGGACUUGGCUGGAUACUCGCAAGCUCGCGUGGAAGUGCGUCGUUUUCCUCGGAGACAUCCCGCCCUCGUACUGCUUUGAGCGCGACCAGACCCCGAUGUGCUCGACUCUCGGCGACGGCGCGUCGUGGAUCUUUUCUUUGUCGCGUCGCCUCUUGAACAGACUAAGUCGCACCACGCCACAGCAAGGCAACGAGAGAGGGGCGGAUGCAGAUGCUGCGGGAUCCUCUCCUCGCGGCGCCGCGGGGCUUCUGUCGAUGCGAGCUCAAUCUGAUGACGCGUGCGAUAGAAAGCCGCCAAACAGCUUCGCAAAGUGGCUUUGCGACACACAGUUGGCUGUAUCGCGGCCCUCUCUCCACACGCCGCUGGGAGACAGUGUAUACACCCCUGACGAACUCGACAGCGACGGAGAUUACCCCUUCCGCGCAUCGCAGACAUUCGCAAUUUUCUCAGAGGCGGCUGGUGACAGCGAUGCAGGUGCAGCACCCGAACUGUCAGAGGCGAGCGGAGGUGCUUCCACAGACAGGAGAGAGAGCGGCGGGGAAAUGAAUCAGCAGGCGCGCUUCCACCAACAGGCGAGAGAGGCGAGAAAUGGCAGUGUGGCGCGGCGCGAGGGAGGCGGAGAUAGAACAAGGCAGGACGAACUUGCGAUGGAGGACGUUGCGCGUGCGGAAGGGGGCGGAUGCAGAGUGCGCCAGCCAAAGAGAAGAACCGGGAAGGUCUUCUCGCUCUCCGUAGAUGGAAGCGUCAGUUUCGCUCCUGGCAACGCGGCGCUUGCAUUCGAUGUGCAGAGGUGGUGCGUUGCGCGAGGGACAGAAAGUGCAGAAAAUCCGCAUCGCGCGAAUCCAGCGAAAUCUCCGCAGGUCGCGCGCCACCAAAGCAGAGAAACCGAGUCGGCAGCGCCCGGGAAAGGAGAAACCCGCACACGUGUAGAAGCGGCUGUCACUGAGUCCCCGCCAUGGGGGGUGAUUCUCGAUGUAGGGACGCUCCGCGUUUGCGCGAAGAGAGCGAUUUUCAGAAUCGAGUUUCUUUAG